AUGUCAUCUAAACCACCUCCAUUAUUUCCAACAGUUUGUGGAUAUUGUCGCAAUCUUGGUCUAAAUUAUAAUGGUCACACUUCAUUAAACUGCCCAGUUAGAUGUUCUUUGCCCCCAUGCCCUAUUUGUGGAAUUUCUGGAACAUUUAAUCACACAGCUUCUCAUUGUCCUAGCAAGCAAGUUGUUAAAUUACCCUUUAUAAGAUCAUAUGCAGAUAUGAUACCGGAUGUUGAUCCUUUUGAUUUUUCUCAACCAGAUAAUAAAUCCAACAAGAAUAAUCAGAAUAAAUAA